ACGCUGCAAAGUGUAAAAGUAUUUAUAAUAAUUAUCACUUUACUAAGAACGAGUAGGAGAGAGAGAGGGCAUUACUGUGAUAUUUUUUCAAUCAUGAAGAAGUGCAUGUAAUGUUACAAAUAACAUGUUGUAGGUCUCAUUCCAAUGACAUUUUCUCAUACACAUCGUUAAUACAACACUUAAAAUUGGUAUAUAUCGUAUAGAAGUGGGUUACAGUGUAGACCCUAGCGUCAUUGCGACAAGGACACGCGCGUCGUAUCGGCGACAGCAAUAUCAUCUCAUGAUAUCGGUCUCCAUAUAUCUGAAUAGUUGCAACCAAUUAUUUUGAAACCUACAAAGGCAUGUAUCACCAGAAGACUUCAGCAUAUUCUACGUAAACUACCGUGAGCCUAUCAGCCUAUCAGCCUAUCCGACCCACGGCGAGCAUACAAAAGGGCCUAGUAGAAUACUUUGCUACAUGCACAUUGUGAUAGAAGUUCCACAUAUUCUAGACAGUAUUGUGAGUUCGCUGUGCUCAAUUGAAUCACGAGUACUUGACGAUGCGCACGUCGUCUAUUGGGACGUAUGAUCCCUUCUCUGCUUCUGUAUUGAAUCGUUUGCACUCACACGAUAGUCUCAGUGACCUUACAUUAGUACGGGCAAACUCGGACAUUAGUAGUAGUAAUUCUACGGAAGACUGUUCAGCACGACGUCAACACGCACACACACACACACACACAAGUACGCAAGCAUCACAUACGCACACGCACACGCAACCAUCGUUCAGGCAGAGUAAUGCCGCUGAGAGAUCUAGGAGUAGCGGUGAAAUGGUAAAGGGUAAUGAUGAUACAAUCGGACCCAGCGAUGUGGAGCGAAGAAAGUGGCAUAUGGUACAAAGAACUCUGAGUCGUCUGCUAAGUAGGACCAGUCGGGUGUCGAGGAACAAACGCUCGAACACCCGUAUGGUGACAGAGAUGUCGCUGAGUAGGGCAGGAACAGACAGGCAUUUGUUAAACCUGCCCCCAGAGUUACUGGCGAAGAUCCUGUGCUGCACCGAUGCACAAACCAUAUUAACUUGCAGCACGGUGUGCAAAGCACUCAGACGCACAUGUCUGGGUCUGUGGCAAGCAGACACAGUCUUUGUCGCGACAGGCCGUAGAUUUGAGGCCUGGGCUGGCACUAUCCGGCACUUGGACGUGCAAAUAAAGGCACCCUCAGGCAUGACUAUGCUGUCGAAGAUGUACCAGCUGCAGUCGCUUCACUGCUCUAAUCUAACAACACUCCUGCCACUGGAUUCGUUGCGCUGUCUGACAAGACUUGACUUGUCUGACAGCUGCUCCAUAGUAGAGGUGGAUGCCUUAGCACAGUUGCCGCAAAUGAAGGAAUUAAAGCUUAGAGGCUUGUGCUUUAUGCGCACUAUUGCUGCUCUGAGUGCGCUGGUGAAUCUCGAAUUGCUCGAUCUGGGUCAUUGCCACUCACUUGGAGAUGUUGACGCUAUUUCGAAGCUUCCCAACCUUAAGAGACUCAGUCUGCGCAAUUGCUUAGCGCUGGAGGCCAUUCCACAUAUCGCAAUGCCGCCCUUGGUGUACCUGGAUUUGCAAGGGUGCACGCGAAUCAUGGAUUUGGAUCCAUUGGUUGACUGCAAAGAUACAUUACAAACAUUGGUAAUAAGUCAGCUACAGGUCACCCGCACGGAGGCGAUGGUGCAUCUGUGUGCGCUGGAGGUUCUCGAGAUGAACGGGUGUUCCAUGAUCUCGGACAUGCAGGACAUUGCUAAGGUGGAGACCCUCAGACGGCUGAGCUGCAAAUCCUCCAAGUUAUGGGAUAUCGCUCCGCUGGCGAACCUCAGAGCUCUGACUCACCUUGACCUGAGCAGUAGUACAUAUAUCCUCGACAUCAGUACCAUCCACCACUUAACGAAUUUGGAAUAUCUGAAUCUCUCUGGCAACCGACACGCAGUGACGGACAUUGGGGCUCUCAGCUCACUCACCAAACUACGCACACUAUACAUGACCAUGUGCAAGGUGGAUGAUAUACGCCCCGUGCGCCAGAUGGUCCUCCUGGAGUCACUGUCUCUAGUAGCGUUCUGUAUGCAAGUGGCCGAUCUGGCCCCAUUGUCGGGACUACAAAACCUGCGCCGAUUAGAUCUAGACUUCUGCAGGGGUAUCAAGGACCUAUCUCCCAUACAGAAUCUACCCAAACUGGAGUCUUUGAGUACGGAGGGGCUAGGGCCGGGGUUGAUCAGAGACGCCUUCGGACCACAGAGACCAAACAGCGGCUCGUGGGGUGCUCGUGCCUGGGCCAAGCUUUUCCCAGCGGCAUGAUCCUUGAUGUGAGUCCUCUUCUACGGUUGUAGAGUGCACCAAAGCAAGGCACAACUAAGAGAACAGGACUAUGUCUACAAUAUUGCACCGCUAGAAUUACUAAUGUGCCGAGAUAUCAAGAUAAAAGGUGAUUCGCGGUUUUGAUACGUGAUGCACCAUAUCUAUACACAUCCGUGACACGCGCUAGCUGUAGCCGUACGGUUGGUGUCCAGUUUGUGGGCACAAUGUCACAAUGAGGUACUGUGUAUUGUCUAACAAUUCAUAGGCAAAUGAAAUGACAUAAAUACUUAACCCUUUGAGCAGGCAGCGUACUCAAAACCUCAGUACGGCAUAUUUCAAAUGCUAAACAAUUACACAUUUCAAUCACAGUCCUGCCAAUGUGCUGAAAUUUAUCAAGACGCAAAUUGGAAGUGCUUAUAUUACUCAUUUGCAAUACACAUAUGUACGUCCGGCACGCGAUAGUCAUGUGGCUGUUGACCACAGAAUAAUAAACAUACC